UUCACGGUUCCUAAACGUAAUAUGUUUAAAUGCCACAGAUAAAGAACAAGUGAAAAGCCUUUAUUCGAGUUUCUCGCGUACGUGCAAUUAGCAAGUGGUAUCUGAUAUUCGAGUUACUCGACUAUGGUGAUAUCUUCAGUUUUUAAUAAGCAAUAUUGAUAUUUUUUAAGCCGAUAUUGAUGUUAAAAAACGUAAAAAGACAUUCCAUGCUUGGGAUGUACUUAAAAUCUCUUGGGAAACCUAACAAAUAAUACAGAAUGCUUGCGAAGUGGCAUGGUGCUAAUGAAAAUGAAUAUACAUACAUACAUAUGUAGUAAACUAAACGAAAUUAAUUUCCCCACUGAGUGACGUUGUAUGGCCAGAAAGAAAAUCAGUCGUCAGUUCAACGUAGAGCCCCUCGAACUGUCUUUUAAUACGUGGACGGCUUAUGUAUCCAUUGAAAUCAGUGCUCCACGAACUUAACUACAGUCAAAUACUCUACAGAUAAUUAAGUCAAGGCCACGUGUUUACUUCUGCUGCUCCAGGGCUUGAUUCUGGCCAUGGCGAACACCCUUAACUACUCCAAAAGUCCCGCAGGCGAGGCUCAAUUUGCCUCGCAGCUUUUUGGCCAGUUGGCCAAGUCCCAGUCUGGCCGGAACAUUGUCCUCUCCCCAUCGUCCAUCCGGACGGGCUUGGCCCUAGCUUACCUGGGCGCCGAGGGCAGCACUGCCGACGAGUUGAAACUGGGAUUGGGCCUGGAAGGAGCUGGAAAGAGCGAGGUGGCCGAGAAAUUGGCCCAGUUGUUGGCCAAGGGACAGUGGGAGAAGGCGAGUGGUGACGAGGACGGGCCCAAAUUGAAGAAUGCCAAUCGGAUUUUCGUGGCCCAGAGAUUCAAGCUGGCCCAGGCCUAUCAGGAUUUGGUGAGCAAGAACUUCGCAGCAGCUGCAGAGAAUGUGAACUUUACCCAAAAUGCGGACACAGCCAAGCGCAUUAACUCCUGGGUGGAGGAGCAGACCCAUCAGCAAAUCAAGGACCUCAUUGCCCCGGACUCUCUGGACGCGGAUACUUCGGCCAUCCUGGUCAAUGCCAUCUACUUCAAGGCCGACUGGCAGAGCAGCUUUCCCGACUACGCCACAUACGACAGAGACUUCGUCAACCACGGAGGGCGGAAGGUCAGCGUGGACACCAUGUCCCAAGAGGAUUACUUCAGGUUCGGCGAACUGCCCGAGUUGAAGGCCAAGGUCGUGGAACUGCCCUACACAGGCACAGAUAUCGUAUUCCUGAUCAUCCUGCCUCAGGAGGAGCAGGGACUGGCCCAAGUCGAGGAGAAACUGUUGGGCUUAGACCUCAAUGAUAUAAGCUCCAAAUUGAGCAGGCAAAAGGUCCGCGUGCAGCUGCCCAAAUUCAAAUUCGAAUUCGAUGUCCCUCUGCAGGCAGCCCUGGAGGAGUUGGGCAUUAAGAAACUAUUCGCUCCUGAGGCGAACCUCAGUAGUCUCCUCCAGGAAUCGGAGCCCCUACGCAUCUCGGAGGUGAAGCACAAGGCGAUCAUCGAGGUUAACGAAAAGGGAACUACGGCCAGUGGAGCAACCUUUGUCAAGGUUUCGGUGGAGUCGCUCUUGAUUGGAGAGGAAGUAUUCGAGUUCAUCGCAGAUCAUCCCUUCUUCUUUGCCAUCAAGGAUGCCCAAAACACCUUAUUCCUGGGCCACGUCAGUCAGUUGUGAGUCGGCGCCGGAAUGCCCCAGUAUGAUGUUUUGUCCGCAUCCAAUAAAUGCCAGUUCUCGAUGUCAAGUGCACAAGUACCGACAGGUA